CCUUGUUAAACACAACCGAAUCGCUCCAUUUGCCAAGAAUCUUCGCGGAAUGAGUUAUCAGUACGGACAGGGUUAUCGACCAGCUGGUCCCCAACACUACCCUCCUCCAGGGACGCCCUAUGGAGGUGGUCCCACUGGGGGACAGUAUGGUGGUUCACCUUAUGGAGGUGCCCCUCCAGGGCCACAUUAUGGUGGAGGGGCUGCACCUGGAGCUCCCUACGGUUCUUAUGGCCAACCUGGUCCAGGAGGUGCCCCUGGAGCGGCUUAUGGUGGUGGCCAGGCUCCAGGUGGCCCUUACGGAGGUUAUGGACAGCCCAAGGGAGGACCAUAUAGUCAGCAGGCUCCCGCAGGUAACAUUCCUCCCGGGGUGAACCCCGAGGCUUAUCAGUGGUUCUCAUCUGUGGACACAGAUCGUAGUGGUUACAUUAACCAGAAGGAGUUGAAGCAAGCCCUCAUCAAUUCCAACAACUCUACCUUCAAUGACGAAACCUGCAUUAUGAUGCUCAAUAUGUUUGACAAGACCAAAACCGGACGUAUAGAUGUAUUAGGUUUCUCUGCACUCUGGACGUUUCUGCAGCAGUGGAGGGCAUUGUUCCAACAGUUCGACCGGGACCGAUCCGGUUCAAUUAACAGCAAUGAGAUGCACCAGGCAUUAUCUCAGAUGGGCUACAGUCUGAGCCCACAGUUCAUUCACGAGCUGGUGAAUCGUUUCUCUGCCCGUGGAGGUGUAAAUGGAGUACUCCAACUGGACAGCUUCAUUCAGGUGUGCACUCAGCUCCAGAGCAUGACCCAAGCAUUCCGCGAAAAAGACACCGCCAUGACUGGAAAUGUGCGGAUGAGUUAUGAAGAUUUUCUGUCUUGUGCCAUUACCAGACUGAUGUAAAGUACUGUUUGAGUAAUCAAGGAGGAGGACCUGAUUCCGCUAAUGGUUGUAGACCAUUGCCUGUUGAUGGAAAACAUGUGACUUGCCAAUUAACCCUUUCAGUAAUGCCUUCCACUGCAGGUUACCUUGAUUUCACCACAUUGAGCUGCAAAACCACUGUAUUCAUUAAGCAUUGCCAGUAAGCCAAAAAUAUAGUAUGUAUCACUAAAGAUGACCUAUGAUAUGCUUGUCUGCUUUAGAUAGAUAUACAGUGUAAUAUCCAAGACUAAACAAAUGCCAAAAAAUGUCAAUGGUACAUGCUAUUAGCCAUGUAGUAAGCACUAUUUACUGUUUCAUAUGAAUAUGACAGAUAUUUCCAAUUAAAUCAAGUGUUGAUUCACAAAUGAACAAUUCUUUACUUUUUGAAUAUAAGAGUAGAAAUUCUGAAUAUUUGUAAUGCAAAUUAUUAUUUUGCCCUUUUCUCCCAAAGCUAUUGCUUUAUGCUUAAGUUUGUAUGAUAAUAUUUAUGCUUUCUCUACCUUUUUUUAUUUCAAAUAAAAUAAUAGGUGAAUAUUGAUUUAUUUCUAUUGCUGGUUUGUUUACAAUUAAACAACCUUAAUUAAAAGAAACUAAUUUUGUUGAAUUUGUUUCAUUUUAAACUAUUUACUAAAUGUUCUCAUUUUUAAAAUAAAAUGUUUCCUUUUAAGAUACUGUGUCUUAGUGGAAUAAAUGUAUUCUUUGAUGCUGAUCAUGCUGGCAAAUCAACUGGAUGAAUCUCAUGAGGAAAAAAAUAAAUAAUAUUUGCAUAAAGAAAA